AUGAAGCAGAGGAUGGACAGUGACAGGUUUAAAACCCCCGCCUCAUCUGAAGAGGACCUUAAAGGAUUCAGUACAUCAGUCUCAACGAUAUUUGGAAUCAAGAAACUGCCCAUUGACGCUUCUGAAUGGGAAAGCUAUUUUGACGAGAGUGGACAGAUGCUCAAAUCGCGAGACUUUGUGGCGGCCCACGUUUUGGAGAGGGGGCUGGAUCCUUCUGUGAGGUCAGAAGCAUGGAAAUUCCUCACUGGCUACUAUCCCUGGAGAAGUUCCUAUGAUGAGAGGCUCACAACCGACAGCAUGAGGCGGAAAAGUUAUGAGUCUCUGUGCAACAUGUAUACCAAGAUCCAACCUCUGCUGGAGACGGAGCAUCGAGAUUUCACAGAAGUCCAGAAUGUCAUUCAGUCUGAUGUUCAAAGACUUUACAUCAAAGAUGCACAGGGCAACCCUCUAGUUGAUAAAAAACAGCUGGAGAAGAUUCUUUUGCUGAAUUACGUAUGCAACGUGGAUGCUGAAUACCAACAAGGUUUCCAUGAAAUGCUUCUUCUCUUCAGAUUGCUUGUGGAAAAGGAACAUGAGAUUUACUGGCUGUUUCAGUUUUUCCUGCAAAAAACGGAGAACAGCUGCAUCAUAAAUGUCGGGGUGCAGAAGAACCUGGUCAUGCUGAAAGCUUUGAUUGCAUUUAUGGAUCCAAUCUUUGCAAAACACCUGGAAGCAAAAGGCCAAGUCGUGUCAUCGUUGUUUCCCUGGUUCUGUCUUUUUUUCCAGCGUGUCUUCAAGUCUUUUGAUGAUGUCUGGAGACUGUGGGAGGUAUUUCUGACAGGACAUCCCUGUAGGAACUUCCAGGUGAUUAUUGCUUACACGAUGCUGCAGAUGGUGAGAGACCAGAUUCUCAGAGACGACAUGGAAGGAGAUGACAUUUUAACACUGUGCAACAGCAUUGUAGAUCUUGAUGCUGAUGAGCUGAUCGCCAAAGCCUGUAACAUAUAUGAACACUACCUGAAACAUGAAGACAAGGUUCCAGAGGAUUUCAAGGAAUUUUUCAGCCAGCCUUAG